AUGUGCCAAGGUCAAGAGGAAGGAAAGUUUGGUGGUCUCUGCCGGCUGCCGAUCCCCGGAGAGGCUGCUUUGCGUGGUGCCUCGACCGGUUCGAUCAUGUCUUGCGAGCUCUGCGGUGCGAGGGCUUCACUGUAUUGCCAAGCAGAUGAUGCUUUUUUAUGCAGAAACUGUGACAAAUGGGUUCAUGGGGCUAACUUCUUAGCCCUCAGACAUAUCAGGUGCUUUCUCUGCAACACAUGCCAAAAGCUUACACAACGAUAUCUUCUUGGAGCUUCGGUCGAGGUGGUGCUUCCAUCAAUAAGGAGUUGGAUGGAGAGAAGCCAUUGUAAUUCGGGUAUUGAGAAAGAGUGUUCUGGGAAGCUUAAAAGGCCUGUUCUGUGGCUCUGA